AUGUCAACAACCAAGAGCAACCUCUUAUCUACGCUAGCUAAUGGACAGCCGAGCGCAAACCCAGGCUCAGCCCAGCAGAUUCGUUACGGAAACAGCAAUGGCGGACUGAUUGUCCUCAGCGACACUCAAACAAUUGAGGUGCUUGCCCACUUUGCUCGCGAACGUAUUCCGGAAAGGAGCGUACAUGCCAAAGCCGCCGGAGCUUUCGGAGAAUUCGAAGUCCUUGAAGAUAUCUCACACCUGACGGAUGCAGAUUUCCUGACAGGUGUUGGUAAAAAGACCAAAAUCCUCACCCGGAUCUCUACUGUUGGUGGCGAGAAAGGCUCCAGCGAUACGGUCCGUGAUGUCCGAGGGUGGGCUACCAAGUUCUACACUGAAGAAGGCAUACAAGACUUUGUCUUCAACGACUUACCUGUGUUUUUCAUCCGCGAUCCGAUCAAGUUCCCAUCCAUGAAUCGAAGCCACAAGAGGCAUCCCCAGACCAAUGUACCAGACAACACCAUGUUUUGGGACUUUCAUCUUAACAACCCCGAAGGUAUCCAUGCUUUGAUGCAUCUCUUUGGGCAGCGCGGCAUUCCAGCCUCGUUGAGAAACAUCAACGGCUUCAGCGCACAUACGUAUACUCUGAACAAAGCUGAUGGGAGCUUUGUUUAUGUAAAGUGGCACUUCAAACCUGACGACGGGAUCAAGACAAUGGAUGCAGACACCGCGCAGAGACUGGCGGGCUCGGAGCCGGAUUACCACGUCAAGGACCUGUUCAAGGCCAUUGACAAAGGUAACUUUCCAACCUGGGGUGUCUACAUCCAGGUCAUGCAGCCGGAUGAGGUCGAGAGUGCGCCCGUUGACAUCUUUGAUGACACAUACACCUGGCCACUGGAGAAGUAUCCCCUUCGUCUUGUGGGAAGAAUAACUCUGAACAAAAAUCUCAACAACUAUUUCCAAGACCUGGAGCAAGCAUGCUUCUCGCCGUCUAAUAUGGUUCCUGGUAUUGGCCCAUCGGCAGAUCCCGUACUCCAAGCUCGCAUGUUCAGCUACCCAGAUGCCCAUCGCUACCGUGUCGGACCCAACUAUUUCCAACUGCCUUGCAACAAACCAAUCAACACAGUCUACGCACCCUACGUCCGAGACGGACCCGGUACUAUCAACGGCAACUACGGAGGUGACCCCGACUACGUAGGCUCAAGACUGAACCCAGUCAGCGUGAGCAAACGCGUUCAAGUCCCAACCCACGAAGCCUGGUCUGGAAAUGUAACGGCCUUCGCCACCACCAUCAGCGACAAGGACUUUGAGCAGCCUAGAAAGCUUUGGCAAAUCAUUUGUGGUGAACCAAAAGGAAGGGAACAGUUUUUGCACAAUAUUCUUCCCACUCUGCAGGAUAUCCCAGAUGAGAUGAAAGAACAAGUGCUGGAAUACUUCGGACGUGUGGAUGAGGAGCUAAAGACUCUGCUCAAAGAAGGCCUUUCGAAGUAG